UGAUAAGGCUUGACAUUCAUUUGAGGUUUAUUUUGACGCGAUUUCCCAAAGAAAAGAAAGUUUAUGUAACUCGGAGGAAGUAAUAAGAGGUAGGUAGUUAAUAAGUUUGUUGAGAAAGCUUGGAUUUUUCCAAAGAUGAGCCAACGGUCCAGAGUAAUUGAAGUCUACAAGAAGCUGCAGUACAUGGGUCGGGAAUACCCUGGAGGUCCGGAAAAAUUCCGCCAACGCUGCCAUGCUGCCUUUGCAAGGAAUGCCAGUGAGAAGGACCCUCAGAAAGUUGAGGAAUUAAUUAAGAGGGGAGAAUUUGUGAUUGAAGAGUUGAAGGCUCUCUACAGCCUACGAAAGUAUCGGGCGAUGAAGAGGAGGUACUACGAGGAAAAAUGAUGAGUUGAUUGAGGAAAUUGGAACCAAUAUCGAGGACUUCCUCAAUUUAUUAUUUAUCCACUAAAUGGGGGUGUAUGAUGAAGCAUAAAGAGGUGAUAAAUUAACAUCCCCCAAUCCCACAAUUUUCCACGUACACUGAAAGGAAAAUAAAUGUGAUAAGAGGAGAAAAUUUAUGUUUUUUUUUGUAAGAGGAAUUAAAUAAAAUGUUUUGAAAUAUU